AUUAUGGGUCAGCUAGACUUGAAUGCAUUAACAAUUCAUGAAAUCUCAAUUCAGUUUUCCUUUGACAGGUUGAGUGGGAGAAGCUUGGACGUUAUUUCACCGAACAGACAGGCAGGGUGGCUACUUAGAUGCUAGAUGAAGCAGUUUGUCUGUGACUUGGAAGGAAGGUUUACAGCUCCACCAUUCAAUAAGCAGACGCCUAGCAGAGCAAGCAGACUGCAGUGCGAGCAGACGGCAUUGGUAGCAGACGACAUUGAGAUGCUAGGAGAUGUGGUAGAACUGGAAGAUUUUCAUUGACGGUCGUUCAUCCGAUGUUUUGGAGUUGACUGGCAGAUGGUGAAGCGAUUGAGAAAAUUAAUCAAUAGUAGUACAGCACACGUGUGGUUCUACCUCUGUGUUAGGGCCAUCAUUAGUAUAUCAGUGCAACAGCAGACGAUGUGUCCAUGUCAAUAACGCUAACACUCCGUGUCCUCAUGUUACAAUCAUAGUGUAGGUUCCAACGUUCUUGCCGAUCAUAUCAGGAGUCCUGUUUCAGUGAUCUGUGUGAUCUUCUUUGCCAGUCCGAUACACGUUCUACUGUUUUGGAUUGUACAGUUGGACGUAGGCGGGUGAAAUUGGGCAUUGUAGGUGACGUCUGCUUGUCUCUUUGUACAGUUGGAAACAGAUGGGAAUAGUAUACAAACGUGACCACAAGGUGUAAAGUGUAUCAUUCAGGGAACCAUGGCGACCGAAGGGACAUAUAUACUGGGCCACAGUCAGACGGUGUCGGACUUUUCCGAGACGAGCAGCGUGAGUGACACUCGUCAGCUGGUGGAGGAGAAGGAUGACGGCAAGCCCCGGAGCAACAUCCCCAUGACCAGCUUCAACUUCAUCAACUCCAUCAUCGGCUCUGGGAUUAUUGGGAUGCCGUUUGCACUUCGACAGGCGGGCUUUGGACUGGGAAUAAUACUGAUAGUUGUUGUAGCACUUAUCACAGAUUACUCUAUAUUUCUGCUGAUUGAGGCUGGCCACUUAUCCAAUACUGAUUCCUACCAGGAUAUGGUGCUGGUGGCAUUUGGCCGGCCCGGUUUCUAUGUGCUCACUGUUCUGCAGUUCCUCUACCCCUUUAUAGCGAUGGUGAGCUACAAUGUCAUCAUCGGCGACACACUCACCAAGAUCGUUCUGUGGUUUGGCGGAGAGGAAGAGACAUUAAUUCACUCAGUGCUGGGCAACCGACAGUUUAUCAUCUUUAUUUCAACGCUGAUCAUAACUCUACCCCUGUCACUCUAUAGGAAUAUUGCUCGCCUCGGAAAGUGGGCAUUUCUAUCUAUACUGCUGAUUGUCUUCAUCAUGGUCAGCGUGGUCAUCAAACUGGCCAUCUUUGCCAAAGAUAUACCACCCACAGAGGGAGCUUGGCAGUUUGCGAACUAUAAUAUCACUCAAGCUAUAGGAAUAAUGGCAUUUGCGUACAUGUGUCAUCAUAACACAUUCCUGAUUCACUCGUCCCUGGAGAACCCAACAACUCAGAGAUGGGGCUUCGUUACGCAUUUCAGUGUCAUCUUCGCCAUGUUCAUGUGCCUCGUUCUAGGAAUUGUGGGAUACCUGUCCUUCACCGGGUUGACGCAAGGUGACCUGCUAGAGAACUACUGUCAUGACGACAUUCUGAUGAACAUUGUGAGAAUUGCCUUCGCCAUCACCAUCAUGCUUACCUACCCUGUGGAGUGCUUCGUCACGAGAGAGGUUGUAGAGAACGCUGUCUUCCCGGCCAACCCUCCUACACCGCUGUGGAGACACAUCACCAUCACCGUCAUCAUCGUGUUCCUCACAGGUGCCGUCUCCAUGGCAACAGACUGCCUCGGAAUUGUUCUUGAGCUCAAUGGGGUACUCGCAGCAGCCCCUUUGGCUUACAUCAUCCCUUCUCUCAGCGUCAUGCGACUCCGACAGGAAGCAAUGUUCUCAAGGGCAAACAUCGGACCCAUGGUCGUGGCGACGUUCGGCAUUCUGGUGGCCAUCAUUGGCUUCAUCAUGGCGAUGAUCAACCUCGCCCGCGGUUCCACGUGCAGUCAUGGAGAAGAUAUGCCUUAUUGUUCUACGCAUAUCAACAUGUCCUAUCCGCUUGAGCCGAUAUUUCCAGUCAAAAGCACCACACCACUCGCAUGAUUUGUUUAGUGGAUAUAUCAAACAUACAAAUUAUUUAUCAUCAGACAUGAAACAUUUCAAAUAAUAUUAUGAAAUUCUAUUUACAUAUACACAGAAAUAUUGUAAAUACUCUUCUGUGAUUCAAAUUGUGUUGAUAUUUUCCAUGAUCAGAUCGCUUGAAAGGACAUUCAGUGUAGCUGUUCUGUGUUAAUGUAAGUGAGGCCAGUAGCUGUUUAGAAAACUUGCUGGAUCAUCAUAUUCUGGGAACUGCUGAUGCACGCCAUUUCCAAUUUUGAACAAUCUCGUUAAAAUCAGAUCUUAGUUCUCGCUGCCGCUAAACAAAGAUCUGAGGACAUCCCAUUUGGGGUCACGUCAGAAU